UAAGAGUCAAGUGAGUGGCAGGCCAGAACGGAGCAGCUGCUCAGAACAGAGGGGGAACAUGCAGACGACGGCGUCGCUUUUAUUGCUGCUGGUGGCAGCCGCAAACAGUGUGGCGGGUGGAACAGCGCCUCGUGCUGUGUCCGUAGUGAAUGGCCGCAUAAUCAACGGUGAGCCCGCUGCUCUGGGGGAGUUCCCUGCGCAGCUGUCCUUGCAGAGGAAUGGUCGCCAUUCGUGCGGAGCGUCCAUCCUAAACGAGAACUGGGCCCUCACCGCUGCUCACUGCGUCGCUGAACUCGACAGUGACAUCGUUCUGGAGGUGUUGGCGGGCACCAUCACGCUGGAUGAGGGAGGCACGCGCCACGCCGUGGACUCCUUCACGAUACAUCCGCAAUACAACGCGUCUGAUUCCUGGGUCAACGACAUCGCCCUACUGAGGGUGUCUACCCCGUUUCCGCUGAAUGGUGAGACUGUGGCGCCGAUCCAGCUGCCUGCACAGGGGGAGGACACUCCUGCUGGCUCGCCAGUUACGGUGGUCGGUUGGGGUCGUCUCUGGUACGAUGGAUUUCUACCAAACAACCUGCAGAAGGUGGACAUCGAGGUCUGGAGCCAGGACCUGUGCGCGUCGCUCUUCUGGGACGGCUUUGAGUCUCCGGUCUACCCCUCCCACAUCUGCGCCGCUGGUGUAGAUGAGCGGGGCUCUUCCUGCAAUGGCGACUCUGGAGGCCCCCUGCUGCAUGAGGGCGUCGUCGUGGGUCUGGUGUCGUGGUCGUACCGCUGCGCCACCCCUCCCUACCCCACAGUCUACACCAGGGUCUCCAGCUACGUCGACUGGAUCAACCAGCAGAUCGGCGUCUGACGGGCGGCUCCAGGCCUUCACUGAAUCACAUGACGCACUAAUGUUGUCAAAUUACCAACCGGAAUUUGUUACACACAGUUACUGACUAUGGAUUCUCAGAAGUGACUCAA